CCCACACACGUCAGAAUCUGACCGUCAUCUUCUUUCCUCGGCCUGUCUCGUUGUAGCCUGGCACGAUGCGAUUCUCAAGUGUCUUCUUCGGUCUUUGCUCCGUCACCGCGGCAGUCGCCCAGGCUGUGUCGCUCACGACACCCCCGGCGCCUCCGGUGCCCGCCCAUAAGGUGGGUUGGAGGGCUGCCAACUGCAGCGGCGUCAUCGUCGACGCCAAAGCUCUGCCCGACAAGCGGUGGGAGGCGGCCGGUGCCUCGGAGGCCCUCGAAGAAGUUUUCCAGGCCUGGCGGAACUACACCACCGGGCCUGAGGAAGUCAAGUUCGAGUUCAGCCAGUUCGUCUCUUGGUACUUCGGCGGCCCAGAGGCAUGGCGGUGCUCGGAAAUCUUCGACGUGCCGUGCUCAACCUCACUCACCUGUGAGGCUACCCAGUAUCCGGCCGGACAUCUCAUCCUCAACUCCUUUUCCAAGCUUCAUCAGUUCCAUCAUCGCUAUUUUGAGGCUCUUGGCCUGGCGCAGGCGGAUAUCCAGUCGGAAAUUGACUUCUUUUCCGAGUCAUUCUCUUUGCCGCCGCCAGAAGACCCGUCCAAGGAUGCUAACAAGAGACUCAUGCUCAACGUUGCUUAUGGAUUGUUUGGUGUUUCGCAGGCCUUCCUCAGCAACUUUGUCAUCUUUAGUUCAGCUGCAGCGACAACCUCGGCGAUUUCCCAGGUAUGGCGGUCGCAAAUCAUGUCAACCUUGAGUUACAGCGUCUUCACCGGCUGGGCGGUCGCAAAGGACUACUUGCUCCCAGGCAAAGACUCAAAAGCUCAAUACGGAUCACUCUCCGCCAUGAUGGGCGACGUCUUCGACAGCUGGAAGGCUACCCAGGUGGCGUACGUCGAAACCAUCUUCAACCCGAACGACACCGCGACAGAGGACUUCAUCCGGUCGGCUUUGGACAACGGCCUCAUGGGAGCUGCCCCGGAUGAUAUGAACGCAUUCGAGAUGUCCAAGAAGCUUCAGAAACUAUUCUACCCGAGGUUCAUCGCGGCCGUCUGGCAAACUCGCACGUGGACCAAGAAACCCUUCGUCUUGAAAACAAACCUGCCUUGCAACACGAAGAAGGGUGAAAGAGACAGUACCCUUUGGCCCUUCUUGAAGGAUGACGACCACUCGAGGGCUUCGACCUGCUACAAAGGCGCCCUUUUCUACCUGAUCGACGUCAGAGGUUCUGGCGUCAAGUUGACCACCGAGUAUCCUUCCAUCCGGCCCAACAUCUUCAAGAGCAAAAAAUGGCCACUGAUGGCACUGUACGGCUUGGAAACGAUGGACGGCGUCCGGUACGGUGGCAUCACGAAGGAGGACAUCGUCGCCUCCGUCUACGAGGGCUGGGUCGAGGGCGGCCACCAGAACAACAACUUCAACCCCAACUACACCGAUAUCUCGCCGCAGGGCAACCUCGACCUGUGGCUGCAGCAAGGCCACCGGAGCCCGGGCUUCGUCAACAUGACGCUGUGCCAGAACCUCUACACCAUCGUCGGCAACAUCGUGCACGGCAAUCCCGAGAACCACACCUCGUACCCUUGCGAAAGCCUUUCCGUUAUCAAGCCCAUCAACCUGGAUCCCAAGCCGGAUGCCGAUACGGAAAAGGAGACGCAGGAUGCUGACAAGGAGACACCGGAAUCGGACAAGGAGACGCCGGACGUUGAGAAUGGCAGACAAAUGACACCCAUUUGACGCAACAAAAGGUAGCCCAAACUCAGCAAUUACAGGGCGCUGCUACUUAGGUGGUAAUGAUAGGGGCAUUCUUAGGCAUUCUUGGUGUGUGUAUUUGGCUACCUCAAGUGGGGGAAUCUAAGUACAGGCAUUGUGUCUCCACUGCUAUAGAACCUAGCAGUCGAGACUUUUCUAGACUAGACAUACAAUAGAAUACAUAGAAUUAAUCAUUUUACCUUUUAUCAGGUCUGCACGUCUUCUCACAAACAAGCGUUGUUGCCGAGUCGUAUACUGUCUGAAAACACUGCUGAUUUGAGUAAGAUGUUGAGGUGGUGCUACUUAAAGUGGAGGUCUGAAGAUUGCUGUAAUUCUUAGCCCUUCUCUCCUACGCUACCUUUCGUUUAUCAUUGUCAGGAGGGAAUAGAUAGCUGUUCAGGUCAAUUUUCAGCAGCCCUCCAAGGUCUCGAGGUUUGACGCGAACGGGGCGUAUAAGUUGCGACACUUGAUACCCCUUUUUCUCGGAAUGACGGCAACGCUGCAGAAAGACAAAAGUGUCCCUAGAUUACGUCGGCGGUCCGCGGGAGCUUCGGCUUCGAUGUGAUAGAAACUUCUUUUCCAAUGAAAGUGCCAUGUCGAGCAGACUGAGUGAGCUCAAGGUUCAGGCUACCUGUGACAGAUAGAUAGCGGUACAGCGAUUCAAGGCGGGGAGUCACGCACUGGACGGCCCAUCCUGGCUUGACGUAGAUGAGACCAAGCUAAG